AUGAGUGCUGCUGUACAAGUGAUGUCUGCAACAAUACUCAAUGUGGAGUUCAUAAUCGGGAGUUUUGGGAACGGAUUCAUAGCACUGAGGAACAUUGUGGACUGGGUCAAGAGACGAAAGAUUUCUACAGUGGAUCUGAUCCUCACUGCUCUAGCCAUCUCCAGGAUCACUGUGUUGUGGUCACUGUACAUAAUCUUAUUAAUAUUUUCAGUGUACCCAGACUUAAAUGUGGCUCUACAAACAGUAAGGCUGACUAAUUUUAUCUGGGUAAUUUCUAACCAUUUUAGCGUCUGGCUGGCCACCAUCCUCAGCAUCCUUUAUUUUCUCAAGAUAGCCACUUUUUCUAACUGUAUUUUCCUCUACCUAAGGUGGAGAUUUAAAAAGGUUAUUUCAGUGGUGUUGCUGGUGUCUCUGUUACUCUUGUUUUUAAAUAUUUUAUUGACAAACAUACACAUAAACAUGUGUAUGAAUGAGUUCAAAACAAACAUAUCUUACAGCUACAAAUUAAAGAAUGUUACACACACCUCCAGGCUUCUUGUAUUAACAGAUACUAUGUUCACAUUAAUACCUUUCAGCGUGUCCAUGACAAUGUUUUUGCUCAUCUUUUCCCUGUGGAAACAUCUGAAGAAGAUAAAGCACAUUGCCAAAAGCUCCAGAGAUGCCAGUACCACAGCUCACAUAAAAGCCUUGAAAACUGUGGUUGCCUUCCUCCUUCUGUAUGUAAUUUUUGCUUUAUCCCUUUUUGUACAACUUUGGAGUUAUAAGUUUGAAGGAAAACAUUUUUUAAACAAUGUUUUCCUUGUUGGUAUAAUUGCUUUUCCAUCUCUCCAUUCAUGUGUCUUGAUUAUGGGAAACGGUAAGCUGAGGCAGACCUCUCUUUUGGUGCUGUCACUGUUACGGUGCCAUAUGCAAGGAUGUGGACCUUUGGGUCCCUGA